CUAUCUCCUCCUUUCGCUGCCUGUUGCAACAAUCUCCGCUCCACGUGCUACCCGACAGGCAUGCCCAGAAACCAGCAAACGGUCACGGCGGUCGCGAGCCUCGAGCUCGGCGCCCCGAGCCCUGCGUCGACCGCGCCCCGCACCUCGGCGCUUCCAAGCGCUGGCCCACCCCACCCGCUGCUGGUGCCGCCUGUGCUGCGGCUGCUGCACACAGCGCUGGACGGUACCGUGGAGUCGUUCGUCAACAUCUGGCACAACAUCUCGGAGCGACUGGACCCACACCGGCCGGAGCCGUUUGCUGCGCGCAGCCUCGCUGGCAAGGUUGCCAUCGUGACGGGUGGCAAUGCGGGCAUCGGCUUCGCCACCGCGCAGCAGCUGGCCCGCCGCGGCGCGCAUGUGGUAAUCGCCUGCCGCGACCCCGAGCGCGCGCAGGCAGCGGUGCAGCGCAUUGCGGCGACCACGAAGCCGCUCUUCCCCGCGGCGCUGCCGCCCGCCAAGGACGCUGCGGGCAAGGCUGCGGGUGCCGCCGCUGGGUACGGAAGCUCGGUGCAGGUGGAGGCGAUGCAGCUGGAUCUGGGUCGGCUCGCGAGCGUGCGCGACUUCGCGGAGCAGUGGCGGCGCCGCGGACUGCCGCUGCACCUGCUGGUGUGCAACGCUGGCGUGAUGGGGCCGCCGGCGCGGCUGGAGACGGCGGAUGGGCUUGAGAUGCAGUUCCAGGUCAACUUCCUGUCGCACUGGCUGCUGGCGAACCAGCUGGUGGCGGCGGAGCGCCAGCGCCGCACGGCGGCGGCGGCGGCGGCCCGCACAGGUGGCCCCGGCGCCCGCGCCGGCUCCCGCAGCCGCAAGGCCGUGGCCGCCGACGUUGCAAAGAGCGAUGCAGGUGGCGGGCAGCUGCUGGCGCCGGGUAGCAGCAGCAGCAGCAGCAGCCGCGAUGGCGGCAGUGGUGGCGCCGAUGGGGAGGAGCAGGAGGCGCGGGAGGGGCUGCGGGUGGUGAUGGUGACUUCGCUUACACACCGGGCCGGAGCGCUGCAGUGGGCGGACAAGCAAAGCCGUGCCAGCUACGAGCCGUUCCUGAGCUACGGGCUGAGCAAGCUGGCCAACGUCAUGACCGCCGCAGAGCUGCAGCGCCGCCUCGACAGGAACCCCUGCCCCCACGGCGGCGCCGCCGACGCCGCCGUGUCGGUGCACCCGGGGCUGGUGGCCACACACCUCGCCAACGGCUUCUUCACCUCCCGCGGCACGGGAUGGGCGGCGGGCGGGCCGCUGCAGCCGGCGGUGGAGGCGGCGGUGCGCGGCUUCGGUGACCUGGCGGGCCCGCUGCUGAUGCGCACGCCCGACCAGUCUGCGGCCGUGAUGCUGCACGCCUGCCUGGCGCCACGGGGGCAGGUGGCGGGCAAGUACCUGGCGCUGGGCCGCGUGGCCAGCCCCGACCCGGCCGCGGAGCACCCCGAGCUGGCGGCAGAGCUGUGGGAUUACGCGCAGGAGCUGACCGGCUACCGCAGCCCUCUGCAGUAGCCAGCGCCUGGAGCCCCGCCCCUGCAGUGAGCCAGCAUCUGUGUCUCCGGUACUCGCACAUCAGCCUGUUCUGCAGUGAGCCAAGUACGUGCGCCGACUUACGAUGGAACGUGAGCAUUUCUGGGCCGCAGAUGUAUGCCUGAGGGGAUGGUCCUUUUUUGAGCUUUCGGGUGGGUGUAUGGUGUCGCUGCGGAAUAUGUAUCGGUUCGUUGCAUGCCUGUCUGCGCCGCUUGCGUUUGGGAGAGUUGGCCAGGCCAUCAUGCGCUGGUUGGACCUCGCCGGCAUGCCUGCGAGGUAAGAGCUAAUUUUGUAGUAACUGCAAUACUAUAAUAGGUAUAACAGAGCCGACGCAAAGCGGGGCGCCCAAGAAGGCCGGUAAUCGGCACCGCUUACUGCCAAACCUCGACCACCUAAGCCAGUCUACAUCCCAGGAAAAUGCUUGCAUGCGAAUUGAGCAGUGAAAUGGCAGUUUGCGCGCACGCAAUGAGAUUUCGAUGUACGGUACGAGCCGGCGCAGGCAGGCGGACGAGCCGCCGCGAGGUUCGGGCUGGAGCCGGUGCUGGAGGCUGAGAAGGACAGGAGCUCUAUGUAGAGAGAAUGAACAGAUGUCAGCGCCUGUGUGUCUUGGGUGGGGGGUUUUGUGCAAGGUUGCAAAGCCCCUUCUAUGAGCGCUCUCAUGAGCCAUAAUUAUAUUGUUGAUGUAGUAGAAUUCAUUUUGGGUUCGGGCGUCUCGAAACAUGUGUAAUGUGGAAACCCG